AUGAUUAAACAACAACAACAACAGCAACCACAGACCAUUACAUACGCCACAUAUGCAUAUAAUUCAAAGACGGCAGAACAAACGCAAAGGUUGAAAUAUGGAGAUUUGGAGAUAGUAUUGAAAAAUGACCAUUUUGAAUUCGUUUGCAAAGGUGGUGCGGUGAUAUCAAAUAUAAAAGAAAUUUUAUUUAUGAAUUCUAAAAUUAAAGGAAUAACGGAUGAUAUAACAUCAAUUCCACCAGAAGAACAAAGAUAUUACGCAUUAAAUGCAUUUCCUAAAGUUUUGAAGAUUGGAAGAUUUAAUUUAAAUGAGGAAUUCAUAAAAGGUUUCCUAAAUGACAUAAUGAAGAAGGCAGAUAAGGAAUAUGUUGAUGAAAAAGAUAAUGAAAUUAUAGAAAGGGUUGAUAGUGAAUUAAUGAAGAAAGCAAAUUUGGUUUAUGUUGAUGAAAAAGAUAAUGAAAUUAUAGAAAGGGUUGAAUGGUAUCAUGAACGGACAUCAAAGAUUUUAGAAGGUAAAGCCAAUACAGGGUGGGUUUCAGGAUGUUUAGACCUUAAAGCAGAUAAAACUUAUGUUAAUGAUGAGUUAAAUAAGAAGGCAGAUAAAACAUAUGUUAACGAUGA